GCAAAGAGAUACAAAAAUUAAAAUAAAAUCAAUCGUGAGGGAAUGAAAAUGGCCUACCAUCUCUGAAAGCUCAUUAUUAGCAUUUUUUUUUAGUCAUUCUAUUAAAAACUAAGCAAACCAAUCAUAAUUUGCCACGUCAUCCUCUUCUUCUUUUUCCAGCCUGUCGCUUUUAACCUUUAUUUUUUUUUCCUCCUUCACAUUGUUGCAAAUGCACAACUGUUUUCACACGUGUCACAUUUUCCCUCUCUUUCUCUCUGUCUUCUCCUCUCCUUCCCCGCACUUCCCGGAGACGACGCCGGAGGAAAAUCGUACGGAAACUUUGCUUCGACUUCACGUGUGGCUCGGCCGCUCCCCCGAAGCGCUUUGGUUUUCGUCUUCCCCCCGUUUCCCUCUCUUUCUCUCUCUCUAGAAAACUUCCUCACCACCCAUCGAAACGAGAGGAGAGAGAGAGAGAGAGAUACAAGGUUUAUUAUUUGGUUUUGGUGGAGAGCGAUUCUCGCGAGAGACGUAGAAAGAAAUUAGCAUCUUCGUCCUCCUCUCACGCGGUUGGACCCUGCGACUUUCCUCUUUUUUUUUUGUUUUCUUCAGCUUAAGCCAAACAAUAGAAAGAUGUCUGGCGUUGGCGAGAAUCAGCUUAUCUCCAUUCAACCUGAUGAACUCAAAUUUCUCUUUGAACUUGAGAAGCAAAGCUACUGUGAUCUUAAAGUUGCAAAUAAAACUGAGCACUAUGUUGCUUUCAAGGUCAAGACAACAUCUCCAAAGAAGUAUUUUGUAAGACCCAAUACUGGUGUCAUUCAGCCAUGGGACUCUUGCAUCAUUAGAGUUACUCUACAAGCGCAACGAGAGUAUCCUCCAGAUAUGCAGUGCAAAGACAAAUUUCUCCUGCAAAGUACCAUUGUACCUCCACACACUGAUGUCGAUGAACUUCCACAAGACACAUUCACAAAGGACAGUGGAAAGACAUUAACAGAGUGUAAGCUCAAAGUUUCUUAUAUCUCCCCAUCUACAACCCAAAGAUCCUCUGAAUCCGGAGCAACAAAUGGUGAUGGACCAGGCUCGGAAACCAUCUCUACUAUACAGCGGCUGAAGGAAGAACGAGAUGCAGCCGUUAAGCAAACACAACAGCUGCAACAAGAAUUGGAAAUGGUGAAGAGACGGAGAAACCAGAGGAACGGCGGAAAUGGGCUAUCCUUAAAGUUGGCAGCAAUGGUUGGACUCAUCGGACUCAUCAUCGGUUUCAUCCUAAAACUCACUUUAGCUUCUCCCACAUAACAACUCUCAGCUCCUCCGCGUUGCCUACCAUCUCAGCAUAUGUAACUGCGGAUUCAAAACAGUUUUACACAUUUUCGGGUAUUUUACUCUGUUAAUCUUCUAAGUUUGCGUUAUUUCUAUCAGCCCUCUCUUGCUCUAUCUUAAUGUUUGUUCUACACAUUUCUUCCAUCAAAAUUUCUUCUUAUUCAGUAAUAUUGUAUGUACAUUUUUGACCCCAACAGACCCUUUCAUCAUUCGAUGUUACUUCUCCACUUUUUCAA